UUUGUGUUCAUGUUUGGAUUUUCUUCUUCGUCUCUACUCUUUUGCCUCCUUCUCUUUCUCAACUCUUUUUUCCAUUCAUAUGCUUCUCUACCAACAAAAUUCAACUCUGUCGCUACUUCCCACUGCGUUUCACACCACCUGACUCAUUCCUCACGCACCCCUCAGCAACAUAAUCUUCUAUUCUCUCACCUUUCGCUUCCGCAACCAUGUCUCAAACUAACUGGGAAGCUGAUAAGAUGUUAGAUGUUUAUAUCCAUGAUUAUCUUGUGAAGAGGGAUUUAAAGGCUUCUGCUCAGGCUUUUCAAGCUGAGGGAAAAGUAUCCUCGGACCCUGUUGCAAUUGAUGCCCCUGGAGGUUUUCUGUUCGAGUGGUGGUCGGUUUUCUGGGAUAUAUUUAUUGCAAGGACUAAUGAGAAACACUCUGAGGUUGCUGCAUCGUAUAUUGAGACACAAUUAAUAAAGGCAAGGGAGCAACAGCAACAACAGCAGCAGCAGCAGCAACAGCCACAACCCCAGCAGUCACAGCAUCAACAACAACAGCAGCAGCAACACAUGCAGAUGCAGCUCCUGAUGCAGAGGGCACAGCAGCAGCAACAACAACAACAGCAGCAACAACAGCAGCAGCAGCAACAACAACAGCCACAACCACAGCAACAACAGCCACAACAACAACAGCAAAGUAGGGAUAGGGCUCAUCUAUUAAAUGGUAGUGCAAAUGGGUUAGUUGGAAACCCUGGAACUGCAAAUGCACUAGCUACAAAGAUGUAUGAGGAAAGGUUAAAACUUCCCCUUCAAAGGGACUCUUUGGAUGAUGCUGCAAUGAAGCAAAGAUUUGGUGAGAACAUGGGUCAACUCUUGGAUUCAAAUCAUGCAUCAAUAUUAAAGUCAGCUGCAGCUCCUGGCCAGCCUUCAGGGCAAGUUUUGCACGGUUCUGCUGGUGGGAUGUCUCCACAAGUUCAAGCUCGUACUCAGCAAUUACCGGGGUCUACUCUGGAUAUAAAGGGUGAGAUUAGUCCUGUUUUAAAUCCCAGAGCUGCAGGUCCUGAAGGAUCAUUGAUGGCAAUGCCUGGAUCAAAUCAAGGUAGCAACAAUUUGACUUUGAAAGGGUGGCCACUCACAGGUUUGGAGCAACUGCGCUCUGGUCUACUCCAGCAACAAAAACCUUUCAUGCAAUCUCCUCAGCCUUUUCAUCAACUCCAAAUGUUGACACCACAGCAUCAGCAACAGCUUAUGCUGGCACAACAAAAUUUGGCAUCACCAUCUGCCAGUGAAGAAAGUAGAAGACUAAGAAUGCUAUUGAAUAAUAGGAGUAUUGGUCUAAAUAAAGACGGUCUUUCAAAUCCGGUUGGUGAUGUGGUAUCAAAUAUUGGAUCCCCUCUUCAAGGUGGUGGUCCCCCUUUUUCUCGUGGAGAUACAGAUACGCUAAUGAAGUUGAAACUGGCUCAGUUACAGCAGCAACAUCAACAACAGUCAAGUACCGCACAGCAACAGCAACUUCAACAGCAUGCCCUUUCAAAUCAGCAAUCUCAGAAUUCUAAUCAUAGCAUGCAUCCGCAAGAUAAAGUAGGGGGAGGUGGUGGCAGUGUCACUGUGGAUGGUAGCAUGUCAAAUUCAUUUAGAGGAAAUGAUCAGGUUUCAAAAAACCAGAUGGGGAGAAAGAAAAAGCACCCUGGACCCUCCUAGGGUCCUGCCAAUAGUUCAGGAACAGCAAAUACGACAGGACCAUCACCAAGUUUUGCACCAUCAACACCCUCAACUCAUACGCCUGGAGAUGUGAUAUCAAUGCCUUCUCUGCCUCAUAGUGGUAGUUCUUCAAAGCCUCUAAUGAUGUUUGGCACUGAUGGCACUGGAACCCUUACUUCGUCUUCUAACCAGUUGGAUGUGGAUCGCUUUGUGGAGGAUGGAUCUCUAGAUGAAAAUGUUGAUUCUUUUUUAUCCCAUGACGAUACAGACCCUAGAGAUACUGUUGGCCGUUGUAUGGAUGUAAGCAAAGGCUUCACAUUUUCUGAUGUAAAUUCUGUACGAGCAAGCUCAAGUAAAGUUGCCUGUUGCCAUUUCUCUUCUGAUGGGAAAUUACUUGCAAGUGGUGGUCAUGACAAAAAGGUUGUUUUAUGGUAUACGGAUUCUCUAAAACAAAAAGCUACUCUUGAAGAACAUUCAUCUUUGAUUACUGAUGUCCGUUUCAGUCCAAGCAUGCCUCGUCUUGCAACAUCCUCAUUUGACAAAACUGUCAGGGUUUGGGAUGUUGACAAUCCUGGUUAUUCACUUCGCACCUUCACGGGACAUUCUGCAAGUGUUAUGUCACUAGAUUUUCAUCCAAAUAAAGAUGACCUUAUCUGCUCUUGUGAUGGUGAUGGUGAGAUACGGUAUUGGAGCAUAAACAAUGGUAGUUGUGCUAGAGUCUCAAAGGGUGGCACCACCCAUAUGAGAUUUCAACCUCGUCUAGGGAGGUACCUUGCUGCAGCUGCAGAGAACAUUGUGUCUAUAUUUGAUGUGGAGACGCAAGCGUGCCGAUAUUCAUUAAAGGGACACACAAAAACGGUAGAUUGUGUGUGUUGGGACCCUUCUGGGGAGUUGCUGGCAUCAGUGAGUGAGGACUCUGUGAGGGUUUGGACUCUUGGAUCUGGGAGUGAAGGGGAAUGUGUACACGAACUUAGCUGCAAUGGCAGUAAGUUUCAUGCAUGUGUUUUCCACCCGACGUACCCUUCAUUGCUGGUCAUUGGCUGUUACCAGUCAUUGGAGCUGUGGAACAUGAACGAGAACAAGACAAUGACUCUGUCUGCUCAUGAUGGUCUUAUUACUGCCUUGACUGUUUCAACUGUAAAUGGUUUGGUUGCUUCUGCCAGUCACGACAAGUACAUCAAACUCUGGAAGUGAUUUUCUGUCUCCUCCAUUAGGUCUUUCUCAGUUUGCUACUACUUUAUUCUUCUUUUUUGCUUCUUGAUCGAAUUUUAUUUUCUAUGUAUCUUUAGCUACUUACUAACCCAUGUAAUGUAACAUUAUCUUCCAUUUAAAUAUCUACUUGGAUAUUUGCUUUUCAUAUUUUGUGCGUUUUUCCCCUCAA